UCGAACCAUGUCGCAUUGUACGAGCCUCGAUAAGCGGCCGCAGAUAUGAUUCGAUCCUUGUGCGGGGUCAGAAUGCACGCAAGCGGCAAACUUCGAUUAAUCCGGUAUCAUAAGCAGCCGCUACAGGGGUGAGCGAUUUUCAUUCCGCUCGGCGGCUCAGCGAAGGACGUCUCGGACCAUCAGAUAGAGCCUCGUCGACUCCGCCCCCACAAGGCUGUGGCGGGGAGGGCUGAACUGCAGCGCUGCAGAAAAUGGAGCUUGCGCGCCUCCGCAACGAAUCCACUCCGCAAUGACACAAUUGGGCUCCGUUGGAGAUCGAUAAGUCGCCCGCUCUUUGUUAUGGAACUAGAGCCACAGACCGCAAUCGAGAGCAUUGCCGUUAUCACUAAGCGCAGCUCGUUGUUGUCCCACUCGCUCUCGGACAUUUCCUCCGGCCUUGUCGACUCCCCCAUCACGCCGGCCAUCAACGCAGUCGCACAGGAAUUCGCUGAGCUUGCUGACCUGGCAAAGCAACUGGGCGAACUCCUAACGGUGCUCACAAAGACUCACAUCGUGACAGAGAAGUUGUUGGACGACGCAGGUAAAGCGCUCAGCCGCUUGGAUCGGCUCGUGAGGGCGUUUGAAGCCGAGAUUAACGACUCUGGUCCACAUCGGGCUCCUAGGCGAUUCAAGAAUAUAUUCAAGAGCGAAAAUAUUUCCGACCUCACCUGGACAUGUCGGUCUGUGAAGGAGCCGCUAAGAUUGAAUAUAUCCGUCCUCAGGAUAGCGCAUGAUGAGCAGCAGCGCAAGAGGCAAAGGAAGAAGAAGCACGUUCAAGAUGUUACUGCAUUGAGCAGAGAGUCUGAACUUGCAGAAAGUUGGGUGGAAGCAAGCAGACAAGUUAUCAAAGCGCUCCUGAGCUCAGAACGCCGCGUCCAGAAACGCUCCGCGGGCGACAUCUUGCAGCUGCGCCACUGGAACGAGACCUUCGGCGCCACGGCGCUAUGGGUAUACAACCUCAUAUUCACUAGAGCCUUGAAGUCCCUUCCGGCAACGCGACGUUUUAAUGCAAGGGGAGGUCGCGUCAGAACAAUCCGGACGGCUGACGGAAACGCAACCGCUUCUGAUAGUGAGCAAGAUGAGAUCACCGACCACAUUCCCCCAGAUCUCGAGAGAGAGCUCUACGUAACAGCCGGAGUAAAGAGAGGCGUGGUGAACGAGCUCCUAGAGACUUGGGUAGGGCUGGAUCCCGGACCAAUCCGCCAGAUAACCGAUGGGGUGAGAAACAAAGAUAAGAGCCGCGUGCAGGACUCGGUAUCACGUAUCAUUCGGUGGUACAUCGAGAAUGAGAAGACCGCUCCAGAGGAAGAAAGCCCACAGCCCACGCGCGACCCGAGCAGAGGAAGAUCGCAAAGGAGGGAACAAGACGGUGGAGAUAUUCGAGGUACCAACCGCUCAAAGGAAGAUGGGUCGCGGCGAAUGGAACAAACAAGUGGAGAGCCGCCUCCAAAAGUUCCAACGCCUCCAACGUCGCCAAAAGUCACACCAAGCGAGAAGACAAACGGCGUCAAGAAGGACGCAGGAGCAGGCGAAGGAGCCGUCGGAGCCAAACCCGACGAAGGAGCCCAGGCCACGGCAACACCCAAAGCCGGCAGCCCAAGCCGUCCAUCGUCACCUGAAACCAUUGUGCUGCCGCCGCCGGCCCAUCCUCCGACCAAGCUCGAAGAACGAAAGAAGGAAGCGCCUUUCACAGUCACUGCAAGUGACUCUGUGACGAAGAAAGGCGAGCGAUCUUACACCAUUUACAUCGCUCCUUCCGCGCGCGAAAAGCAGGGCUCCUCCACUAAGAAGUCCGUGGUUCCCAAGGACGACGCAGUGGUAGUCAAAAGAUCGCAAAGUAGCAAACGCGCUCCGAACGAGCAGAAUUCCACAAAAGAAGUAAAUUUCGUUCAGGAUGAUCGUCGCACCCAGCACAGAAAAGACGAGUAUCAUAGCUCUGAUGGCUUUGCCUCUGAAGCUAGACAGAGGGGAAGGCGCAGGUCAUUGCAUGAGACGGACCGUGCAACUCACACUGGAGUGCCAGGGGAUGCAUCCUCCCGGAAUGGCCCUCGGCAUGCGUCCUCUCGUCUUCAUCCAGCCUCAACCAUGUUUCCAGAUACCACAAAUCCUCGAAGCAACAACUCUUUGAACCCUUUCGGAAUGGGAGGCCACUACGGACCCACUCAACAAAUUCACAUGCAGGCUCCACCAGCUUCCGCCCCUUCUGGGCUUGGGCCCGGUAGAGGAUACCACCGCAACUCGAUGCCCCCAGUAGCUAGUAGUGGAUAUUAUCCCACUCACGCUCAGCAGAACGGUGGUCCGGAGGACGGGAAGAAUGCAAGAUUAACUGAGCUACAGCAGAGGAUGGAUGACCGUGACAAGGAAGAGAGGGCUCGGGAACAAGCUCGCAAGGACGAAGCGGAGGCUAGGAAAGAAGAAGGCCGGAGAAGGGCGCAAGAGGAGGAACGGCGUAUCGCAGCACAAAGGCAAGAGGUGGAGGAGUUACGCAGAAGGAUACAGGACCUGCAAGAGAGCGGACGUCGCAACGAACAGAGAUGGGAAGAAGAGAAGAGAUCUAUCGAGCGCAGAAUAGAGGAGACGAGAAUAUCCGAGGAACAGGCCAACAGACGCGCAGAGGAAGCAACGGAGACAACGCAAUCUACCAACAAAACUGAAGACAGACUCUGGGAGUUUAUAGCCAGCCUACAAGAGAACGAACGUCGUAGGACGGACGAAUGGGCAAAAGAGAGGGACAGCAUCUUUGAAGAAGCCCAUGACCAGAUCCAGCGAGCAGUUGAGGAAGGCGAAGAGGAAAAACAAGCUGCCAUCAAAGGAUUAAUCAGUGAGUACGAGGAAAAGCUUAAGGCUGAGCAACAAAAAGUUGAGCAGGCGAACGUCCGCGCUGAGCGUUACGUGACGCUUUACAAUGGCUUGGUGACUGCCGGACGCGAGAACGUAGGUGCCAUGUCCGGAAGCACCAAGGCAUCAGAGAGAGCACCAGAUCCCUUCGCCUACUACGACAAACACCAGCAUUCGUCAUCCGCCUCCUCCAUGUACGAUGGAUCAGCCAUGGAGACGGAAACAACAGAGCCGCGAACGGUACCCUGGGACGAGCAAAAUCCAUGGGCCGACAGAUCGCCCUACGAACGCUUCGCUCCACAAGAUCGAACAAGACGGUAUACCGCGUCCGUGGCCACUAGAUCCAGCGAUGAGGCUUCCAAUGUCAUAGUAUUCCCCCCGCGAGCAGGGUGGAGUGAGUUCGGGCCGAAUCAGCUAGGCAACUAUCUAUCUAGCUCCGGCUUCAAGGCCAUGUUCGAAGAGAGAGAGCGCCCGUCGCAGCAUGCCACUGGCCGCUUUGAAAAGAUAGGGACCGGUGGAAAUGUGCUACGCGGGACGCUGUUUUGGCAGCCUCCGGCGUCAACGGCGGAAGCGGACUUGUAUAAGUCGCUUCGUAAUUGCGGGUGGAGACCGACAUAUGUGAGGACGACGAUUUCGGGGCAGACCUGGUUCUUUGGUGGGCAGCCUGUCCAUGCGCAGUUCUUCAGUGACAUGUACAAGCCCCAAGUCACUCCCUUCGAUAUCUCGCGCGCCACCCGUGGCUCGGAAAAAGAAUCCCUCAUCAUCAGCAAGGACCUCGUCGAAGUCGAGGAGCUCGAUUUCCUCGGUCACAUGUACAAGGAGCAGGACGGGAAGAUCUUUCUCGACCCCACACUGACACCCGAGGACAUCGACCACAUCGUAGCGCGCUCCUUCCUAGCUCGGGAAGGCCGAUACCGGAAGAAGUUCCGCAACUCGAGCCUGCGGUUUUCGCCACCGAAGAUGGACAUCAUGGAGGUUGCGAGCGAAGCCGGUGACAGUGUGAGCGAGGCUUCUUCGGGGAGUAAGGAGAGGAGGUUGAGUUUGUGGCCGUUUUGGGGGACUUGGUCGAGUUCGUAGGAUUGGCGGAGAAAACUUGCCAAUGUAAGCCUGUUUAGCGGGAAAGAAAGCUCUGGUAUGUGCCUGGGGAUAUGAGCUUUGGUAAGUCUUCUCUGUUGCGCUUGCUAUACGUUGCUUA